AUGUCAACAUAUGAUGUCGUAAUUAUUGGAGCGGGGUGCGUUGGUGCCUUUGCUGCAUUGGAAUUCUCCAAGUACAAGAACCUCAAGGUUGCUUUGCUUGAGAAAGCAAGAGAUGUCUCCACUGGAGCUACUUCUGCCAACUCUGGUAUUUGCCACUGUGGUAUUGAUACCACUUUAGAAACUCUUAAGGGAAGACUUGUAGUCAGAGGUAACACUCUCAUUCACGAGUUGCACGAGAAGCUCAACUUUGGUAUGACCAACUGCGGUGAGUUGAUGGUAGCCAAGUCUGAGGAAGAAGUGCCUCAUUUGAACAAGUACAUGGACAUUGCUAAGACUAAAAACGUGCCAGUUGAACUUUGGGACUAUGAAAGAGUUCAUAAGGAAGAACCAAACCUUGGCGAAAACAUUAAAGCUGCUAUCUGGUGCCCAACUACUGCUGUAGUCGAUCCAUAUGAAAUGACAAUUGCUGCUGCUUUAACUGCUAAAGCCAAUGGUGUUCAUGUCUACACAUCCACAGCUGUAUCUGCUAUUAAGAAGAUUGAUGCUGGUUAUGAAGUCACUGCUGCCAAUGGAAAGACUUUCAUUGCUAAAGUUGUCAUCAACUCAUCUGGUGUCUUUGCUUCCGAUGUCUCCAACAUGUUGUACCAAGCCGACUUCCAUAUCACUGCAAGAAAGGGUGAGGAGUAUUUACUCGACAAGAAGUUGAAAGGAAUAGUGAAGAGUGUGAUCUUCCCAUGCCCAACUGGUGUCACCAAAGGUACUUUGAUUAUCCCAACAGUCGAUGGCACAGUCAUGGUCGGUCCAAAUGCAGACAACCAAGACUCGUACACUGAGACUUCUACUACUGGCGCUGCUAUGAACAAGAUCUUUGAUUUGGCAAAACAAUUAGUUCCAACUAUUAAUAACAUGGACGUCAUCUCCGCAUUUGCUGGACUCAGACCAGCUAUUGUUGAGAAUAACAACGAUUUCAUUAUUAGAGAGAAUGAGAAGUUCCCAGGCUUCAUCGAAGCCGUCGGUGUCCAAUCCCCAGGGUUGACUGCAUCUCCAGCCAUUGCCGAGUACAUUAAGGGGAUCUUUGAAGAGUCUGUCAAGAAGAACCACCCAGAACUUAAGCUUGAGAAUAACACUGAAUUCAAAUACGUCCCACUCUCUACUAAAUUCAGAAAUAUGAACGACGCUGAAAGAGCUGAAGCCGCCGCUAAAGACGCUGCUUAUUCUAAGAUCGUCUGUGUCUGUGAACAAGUCACUGAAGGUGAUGUCAAUGCUGCUGUUGAUGAAGGAGCAAGAACUAUUGAUGCUGUUAAAUUGAGAACUAGAGCUGGUAUGGGGAGAUGCCAAGGGUCUUACUGCACUCCACGUGUCAUGGAGAUUCUCUCAAAGAGACUUGGGAUCCCAAUGACUUCUGUUUCCAAGAGCAUCUGUGGCUCUGAAAUUGCGCCGUAUGCUAUUGGAAAGGAAGAGAAACAAGUAUGUGGUGACAAUGAGUAUCCUGCUUGGGAAUCAGUACCAAAGCCACAUGUUGCUAAGCCGACCAAUGAUGUUGCUUGUGAAAGAAAGGAAUUUGAUAUUGUAGUAGUUGGUGGAGGACCUUCUGGUCUUGCUGCUGCUAAAGCUGCACUUGACACAAACAAGAGUCUUAAAGUAGCAGUUAUUGAAAGAAUGGACAGAGUCGGUGGUGUCUUGUUGCAAUGCAUUCACUCUGGAUUUGGUCUUGGAAGAUACGGAGAAGAACUUUCCGGCCCAGAGUAUGCCUAUAGACUCGGUGAAGAAGCCAAAGCUGCUGGAGCCGUCUGUUUAGUCAACACAUAUGUCACUGAUGUUGAGAAUACCAAUGAUGAGUAUCUUAUUAAGGCUGUAGUCUAUGGUACUUCCCCCGUCCAGAUUCAUGCCAAGAAGUGCAUCUUCACUGUUGGGUGCAGAGAAAGAAGCAGAUUUGGUAUUAAGAUUGCUGGUACAAGAUGUGCUGGUGUCUUAACAGCUGGUCUUGCACAAGCCUUAGUGAACUACAAAGGGAUUCUUCCAGGCAAGAGAGUCGUGAUUCAAGGUUCUGGUGAUAUUGGACUUAUCAUGGCAAGAAGAAUGACACUUGAAGGCGCUAAAGUACUUGGUGUCUAUGAAAUCUGCCCAAAGAUCUGUGGUCUUCAGAGAAACGUCGUCCAGUGCUGCAAUGACUUUGGUAUCCCAAUCACACUUUCUACUGUGGUGAAUAGAAUCAAUGGAGCCCCACACUUGACCUCAGUCACUAUGACUAAAGUCGAUGCCAGAUUUACACCAAUUCCAGGCUCUGAAUUUGACGUUGAAUGCGACUGCUUGUUGCUUUCAGUUGGUCUUAUUCCACAACCAGACUUGACUGUUCAAGCUGGACACAACGUUGGAUUGAAUCCAAGAACUCGUGGACCAUUGGUCGAUGGUUUCAGAUGUGUCGAAAAGGGAAUUUACGCUGCUGGCAAUCAAUUGCAUGUCCAUGAUCUUGCUGAUGAAGCUUCUAAUGAAGGAGCUAUUGCUGGUGAAGCUGCUGCUUUGUCCAUUGGAGGCGAGAAGGAGACAUUGAAAGUUAUUCCAGCCAAGGAGUUACUCUACUGUGUUCCAGAUAGAGUCUGUGUUGUUGAACAAAAGCAAAAACUUUCAUUCAGAUUUAAGGAGGACUUUGGAAGCGCGACAGUCACUGCUAAAGUUGGUGAUGUCGAGGUAGGAAAAAGUGAGAUUGAACACGCUCUUCCAGCUGAAAUGGGUCAUGUUUGGGUCGAUGCUCACGCUUGCAAAUCUGGCGAACAAGUCACUUUGUAUGUUGAGGCACAUCCACAUGAGGUUGUUGCCGCACAGACUGAAGGCGAGUUGGUCAAACACAUGAACUGCAUUGUGUGCCCAAGAGGUUGCCCAAUUGAAGUCAAGAUCGACACUAAGACCAAUCAAAUCACUUCCGUUAAAGGAAACUCAUGCCCAAGAGGUGAUGCUUAUGUCAGACAAGAACAUAUUGAGCCAUUCAGAGUCUUCUCAACUUCUAUGCCAGUUGCUGGUGGAGUGUUGGAUAGAGUCCCAUGCAAAUUAACUAAGCCAGUCCCAAGAUCAAAGAUUAUGGAAGUCAUGGCACAAAUCCAUGCUCAUGAAGCUAUUAAGGCUCCUAUUACUAAGGGACAAGUCCUUAUGAAGAUUCCAAAAAUGACUGAUAUCGUUGCUUGCUACCCAGUCAACGUACUCGAAGAAUAA